CGCUCCUCUCCUCGUCGUUCAUAGCGUAGACGGAGCAGCCCUCCCGGCGCGCCAACCUUCAAGAUGCACUCUGUCUCCGAUCUCACCACAUUCUGUCGGAAGACAACCGGGGACGUGCCUCCAAAACUGGUGGGUGCGUCAACGACUGUCGUCGGCUCGAAGAUGUAUCUAUUUGGUGGUCGGCUGGUGACAGAGCGCAAAAUGGUUGCGGAUUUAUUCGUGUUUGACUUGGAGAUGUUGCAUUGGGAGAAAAUCACUUCUACCCAAGACGAAGAUACCCCGGGGCCACGGUAUUUUCACUCCGCAGAUACCUGGAACCAGUAUCUCAUCAUUUUCGGCGGCAUGGGCGUUAGACCGGACGCUGAAAGUCCCGAGGAUCUCUGCGUCCUUAAUGAUGUCCGCUUGUACGACCUUUCGACACGGAGAUGGAUGCCUUCCACAUGGUCACACAAGGCGCCCGAAGGAGCCAACACUCCGAUCCCAAAAGCGCGUUAUGCCCAUCUGUCCUCCGUGUCUGGUGAUCGUCUCUUCAUUAUCGGAGGUCAAGAUCUCACAAACGUUUGGUUGGACGAUGUCUACGUAUACGACCUCAAUUUGAGGGAAUGGGUGCAGAAACGUAGCUACCCUCGUCACUGUGGUACCUAUCGUAGCGUCGCCGUUUCUGCCACUCACCGGGUUCGACUUCCUCAAGAGGAGCUGAGAAACUCUUCGGGUGCGGGCCCAUCGAAGCUUACCUUUCGAACGGACACCACCAGGCCACCACCCUCUCCAACCGCUUACACUUCCUCAGAAUCGUUCACCCACCUUCCAUACUCGGCACAGGCUACCGACGAGUUCCCCAACGAUGUAUUUCUGUAUAGCAACUACAACUUUACAGACGUCAAACGCGAACUCGAAGUCUUCACUCCACUCCCGGAUAACGACUUCAGUAUCGCCGACAAGUCUUCUGCGAUGACCGGGUCUUCAUUUCCUCCCGGCCUUCGCUUCCCGACUGGGGCUAUCCUGGGAACGCAUUUGAUCAUAGCGGGCACCUACCUUGCGCACACCUACCAGUCCUUCUCUGUUUGGGCGUUGUGUCUAAUCACUAUGGUAUGGACACGCGUUGACCCGGGAAGCACGCUCGCUACUGGAUCCUGGUUCCGAAGCUGCUUGUGGGCGGAAGCUAACAAGUUUCUUAUCUUCGGUAAUCGACACGGCAAUCUCGUUGACGAUUACAACCGUCGACUGCUCAGUUGGGAUCACGUUGCGGUCAUUGAUUUGGAGGCAUUCGGUAUCUACCAACCCCCGCGCUUGGAGUUGGAUAUACGCAUGCAGGAGAUGGGGUUAGUAGCUCUCGAAGAGGGCGUCCUUGCUGACUUCGAGAUCGUAUGCGACGACGAUCGGAGGGUCAAGUGUUCCCGGAAAGUACUCGAAGACCGUUGGCCUUGGUUCAAGGAACAGCGUCAGAUCUUCCUUCAGGCUGCAACCAAGGCUCUUGACACUUUACCUAUGUCUUCCCAUAAUAUUCCUAAACCUGAAAUACCCCCCGCAGCAGACCAGGAACCUAGACCUGAUCCUCGUCUGUCGCCGCGCACGCUACUUCUCUCUGAACCAUACCCCAUCACCUUAGCUUUGGUGCAGUACUUUUAUUCCUUAUCCUUGCUCACGCCCUUGCAACAUGCACCCGCUGUGCUCAGCGCUCUGUUGGUGUUGGCGACCAAUUACAACAUUCCUCACCUGCAAACUCUUGUCAAGCAUGCCAUGCACCGAGCAUUGUCGAAUGCGACGUCAGUGGGUGUUUAUGAAGUAGCUACCCUCUGCAGUUGUCGAAGUUUACAAAUUCGGGCGCUCAAAACGGUCAUGGUCUAUAACCAACGGCGUCCGUCGGCACGAUCAAGGCAGGACAAUAACGGCGGUGGUUCUAGCAGACCAUCCGAAAGUACUGGUAGUAGUGGUGGCGGGGGAGGCCCCAGUGAUGUUCCUUCUACCGCGCGUCCGCGAGGCAUGUCGGACGCGUGGAUGCAGCAGCCGUCCGGUUCAAGGACUGUAGGUUUAGCACAGAAAGAUGAAAUGUCGCUCCCUCAAAGUUUGGCGCCGCCCGUUUCGGCCGUUCCGCUAUGGCUGAAGCGAGGCCAUCAAAAUCGAACGAUGAGCAUCGUGUCACUAGGAACCGAUUCCGAG